UCUUGGAAACAUUUUUACUGUGUCUCCACUUUUAUUGCUUUAACUGUUCUAUCCCUCUAACACUCUUCAGUACAGCCCCUACCUAAUCACUGAUCAGAACAGUUUCUCUCUCUAAAAGUCUCGGUUUGCCUCUUAUUCAUACAUUUCUUGAAUAUACAGAGCUUUCAGCAUUGAAAGUUUGCUGCUUUUGUUAGUAGGGGAAAGAUCGUCUUUGCUAUCACUACACCAGUUUGUGAAAACACAACUGUACUUGAUAUCUGUAUGUGAAUAUGGGGAUGGAGAAACAAGGCUCAAAAAGUGGAGGUUAUGUUGGUGGCUUCCUUCAGAUGUUUGAUUGGAAUGCAAAAUCUCGGAAGAAAUUGUUCUCGAGCAAAUCCGACUUACAAGAGCGAUCCAAACAGAAAAAGAUAUGCGACGGAAAUUUGCCAAUGACUCGGCUUCAUAUGUUGGACGAUGAUUUGAUGGCACCCAGAUCGAGUUUUAAAGGAAGUAGUGAUUAUAGUUGUGCGUCAUCUGUCACAGAUGAGGACUUCCGUGGAACUAAGACCCCAGGAGUUGUUGGAAGACUUAUGGGAUUGGAUUCCUUGCCAAAAUCCAAUGUCCCAGUUUCUUACUCAACUCCACUUUUCGAUACUCGAUCCCUUCCUGAAAUGCAUUAUUGUCCUAAAAAUCUUAAAUGUUUUCAAGAUCGUGAAAUCAUUCACUCGAGAAGUUUGCACGAGUUACCUGGUAGAAAUGUUUUGGAGCCAAAGUAUCAGAAGCUAAUAAGUAAGCCAAUCGAAAAGUUUCAGACUGAAAUUUUACCACCUAAAUCGGCUAAAUCAAUUCCAAUUACUCAGAACAAACUUCUAUCUCCAAUAAAAAGUGCUAAUUUUAUCCCACCUAAGGAUGCUGCUCACAUAAUGGAAGCAGCUGCCCGAAUCAUUGAACCGAGACAUCAGACUACUGCGAAAGCAAAAACAGUCCGGUCUUCCUCUGUUCCUUUAAGAGUGCAGGACUUGAAGGAGAAGGUUCGACAACCUCAAAAACCAUCAAAGCGUUCUAAAGCUUCUGAGAAGCCAAGUGAAUCUAGUGCUGUCCACAGUAAAGGACAACCUAGGAUUAAAAGCUGGAGUGAUUCCGUGGAUUCAAAAUCACUAAAAGUCUCCAUGGAUUCAGAAGAAUGUUCUUCUGGUGUAAAAAGCACAGUAAAAUCCAUAUCACUCGCACUACAGGCGAAGGCCAAUGUUCAGAAACGAGAAGGCAUAAAUGUAGGUGGCAGCAGAAGUUUGGUCAGCCAGAAUGAACAGAACGAGUUUACUUCAACGCCGUUGUUCAAAAGUCAACCAAGUACAAAAAAGAGUGUGCUUAAGAAACCAUCUACGCACAAUGGUUCAAGAGUAUUUCAACAAAACAACCAGAAACAGAAUUGUGUUCAUGAAAGAGGAAAAUCGCCUUCAGUAAAGCCCUUUGCUUCCAACUCGCAAGCUGGCGGGAAGGCGAUCAGUGGAGAUUCUUCUUCCGCAAGAAAAAAGAACUCGACUAAACUCACAGAAACAUCUAAGGUUGGUUCCAGGAGGUCGAGUUUAGAGGGCAAAGAUGAUAGAACUCAUUUAUCAUGUUCUAGUUCCGAAAGAGUUACCCGUAAGGAACAAUCUACUUAUGUGGAAUACUGCUAUGAGAAAAAUCAGGCCGCUUAUAACACAACGAACGAUAAAAAUAGGAAAAUGAUUCAAUCCCGUUCUGUGGACGGACCAAUUAUUUGUGAUAAAGAUAACAGAAGGAAGGGAAUGGACGUUAUUUCUUUUACAUUCACUUCUCCAAUGACACGAACGGGACCUGGCCCUGAGAGCUCGAUGGAGGUUGGGGAUAAAUGUGAAAGGACAUUGGCAAGCUCUGAUAGUUUGAAUGUAUCAAAGUUCCCUUCACCGGAACAUAAUAUUUUGCGAGGUGAUGAAUUGAGCACCCUUUUGGAGCGAAAGCUAAAAGAACUGACAAGUGUUGUAGAGUUUCCCCAACAUAGAGCAGAGCCCCCAAGUAGUACUUCGAAUUCUCAAGAUUUGGUGCCUUGCUUGAAUGACUCAACAGCCUCAAUCAUGUUACACGAUGGCAAAACUAAAGAUGGAAGUGACAAACCUAAUCCGGUUAGCCUACGUGACUCUAGCUUUUCAGCGGAUCCUCAGGGUUUCAAAGCAAGAAAUCAAUGUGAGGGAGCGGAAGAAGAAAUGGACCACUGCAGGAGCACAGUUUCUGAAGCCAAAAAUUUACUCGAUCCUUGGCUUCCUAGUCCAGUUUCGGUUCUUGAGCAGUCUUCCUCUGCCGAAAGUUGGAGUUCUUUGGAUACUGUAGACAGUAGUAGUACAACAGGUAGCAGGCAGUGUUCAUCAGUUCAAGCUCAAGAAGUGCGCAGUACAUAUUCUUUUAAAAAAUUCGUUCCAACUGAAGGAGACACUGAGUUAUCAGACUCAGCUUCUUCAAUUUCCUUACCUGUGACUGCUUGUGGAAAGUCAAUAGAAUGGGAACUAAUAUAUGUGAAGGAGGUAAUGUGUAACAUAGAGCUGAUGUUCAAGGAAUAUGCAUUAGGCCAGGCUCUUGAAAUUAUAAAUCCAAAUCUUUUUGAUCAACUGGAAAAUCAGAAAGGAAUGUUGAAUGGUUAUGAUCUUUUGCCUAGAAUAGACCGAAGGCUUCUUUUUGAUUGUGCAAGCGAAUGCUUGGAGUCAAAUUUCAGAGGAUAUGUUGGAGGGGGAUGCAAAAUAUGGGCGAAGGGUGUUACCGUGAUAAGAAGAAAGGAGAGGUUAGCUCAAGAAGUGUACCGUGAGAUUCUUGGUUGGAGUUCAAUGGGAGAUUGUAUGGUUGAUGAACUUGUAGAUAAGGACAUGAGUAGUCGAUAUGGAAGAUGGCUCGACUUUGAAAUUGAAGCAUUUGAACUCGGAAUAGUGAUAGAAGAUCAAGUUCUUAAUUCUUUGUUGGAUGAUGUAGUUGCUGAUAUAUUGGUGAUCUAGCAUAGCAAAAUCCAUUUUUUAUUUUGGAUUAAUCUUCCUAUAGUACUGUUUCCUAAGCUCAUCUAAUGUUUGUUUGAGUAAAGUAUUCAAAUUCAUGAUUCAAAGGCGGUAUACUGCAAUAACAAACACUAAAUUUUUU